UCCUUUUUGAGCAGAUUGCAGCAGAAAUCUAAAAUGUCUUUCCAGCUCACAAUGUCUCUGCAAAGAGCAGCAAUCGAGGGCGUCCGCCCUGCCGCGCUCUGCCUAGAUUGAAUUAAAUCUGUUAGAUCCUUAGUUGCACUGCAAACGAGCUAAUGCUCAGAGCGUUCUGUAAGGUGGUUUGAAUGCCGACGCCGAUUCUGGAGUGAUGGCGGUCCAGGGGACCAAUCUGGAUGGCACAGAGAGACUUGGCUCUUUCUUUCAGGCACACCAGCGAGAAUUCAAUCGCUUGCAAGACCCGGAUAGAUCUGUGCGGCGAGCUGCUCUUGAAACUUUCAAAAAGCUGUUGGCACCGACGGGCGCGGGGACUGUGGCACCUGAUGGGCCGUACCUGGAGGCCCUGUGCGCUUCUGGGCUGCUGCCUCCGUUCCUUCAGCUGCUGAGUGACCCUGUUGAGAAGUGCCGUGAGCUGGCCCUGGGGAUCAUGCAGGCCGUCACCUCCAAGCUACCUCAGGUGGGCACUGUGAUGGACCAGGUCAUGCCCCCUGUCAGAGCCCGCAUCGGCGUGAGCCCCGUGGCGGAGACGUCGGAGGAGGUGCGCCUCCAGCUGGUGGCCCUGCUGGCGGACAGCCUGCUGCCCCGGUGCACGCAGCAGCCCUCGCAGGCCGCCGCACAAGAUGUAGCAGCAGUGCUAAGCCAGGUGCUGCAAGAUCCUUUCCACGAGAUCAAGAAGGCGGCCUGUCGCGGCAUCGUGGCAGGCGCACGGCAGUGCCCCGGAGCGUUGGCACCUCACGCGGAGGGGCUGAUGAAAGCACUGCUCCAGAACGUGGCCCAUCCACACUCACGGGUCCGGACUGCCGUCCUGCAGGCGCUGGAUGGGGUGGUUGCGACUGGCGGCUUGCCCGCGGGCAGCCUCACGGACGUCCUCCCCCCUGGCAUCAAGCCCCUUGCCUUCGACAAGGCCGCCGCAGUCCGCCAGCUCCUCUUUUCGUCCAUUGCUCACUGGCUGGGCGCCCCGUCCGGCAGUCUGCCCCUCCCCCCCCCGCCCGCCUUCGACCCCCAGCCGUACGUGCUGGACCUCCUGCCGCUGCUCCUGGUGGGCGUCACCGACCCCUCCUCCGACAUCGCGUCCCGCACGCUCGAGCUCGCCGAGCAAAAGGUCGUGGCGACGCACUUGCGGGAGCUGCUGCGGCCGCUGCAAAAGGAGCUGCGCGAGUGGACCGUGGCCUUGCGCCAAGGGGCGGCGCGAGUCUUGCACACGGUCCUGGUCCUGGGGGGGGAGAACGUGACGGGCCACGUAGACGUUAUCGUGCCCAUGCUGUGCGCUGCGGUGGGCGACGAGGAUGCUGACGUGGCAAAGCGGAUAGUGAGCUGCGGCCACGUGGUGGGGGCGGCGGUGCGGCCCGCGAUGUGGGUGCCCAUCAUGGGGGACGAGCUUACGGCGCCGCGCGCCAGCGCUGCGCAAAAGGCCAACCGGCUGGUCGUCCUGGCGGCGCUGCUGCACGCCACGGAAGAGGGGGGCCUCGCUGCGGAGCAUGUCGCGCAGAUCGCUCAGAUCGUGGCCGGGGAGGAACUGCGGUGCGCCGAGCAUGCGGCGGUGCGCACCCAGUUGCUGGCGGUGGUGACCAACCUGGUCCGUGCGGCGGGGCCCGCCUGUGGGCCCGUCACCCUGCCCCUCCUGCAAACGCUCCUGCAGCUCCAGGCCACCCCCAACGAUGUCCCCCUCCAGCACUCCGCUGCAGAAGUCACGUCCGCACUCGCGCGCGCUACUGGGCACUCGUCGGUGUCGUCGCUGUUCUCGGAGCACCUGUCAGGGCUCCUGGCCACAGCGACCGCGGACCAUGCGCAAUGGGUGUCCGUGUCGCCCGGCUGGCAGCUCUUCCAGGCGUUGCUGCACGCGGCCGGGGCCGCUGCGGGGCCGGGCCUGGAGCAGGCACUCCCCGUGCUGGCGGGGGUGGUGCAGCAGGAGAGGGAGGCGGCGCUCAGGAUCAGUGCUCUGCAGCUGGUGGACGAGCUGCUGGAGGUGCCUGCCCUGGCCGCCACUUGGCGUCGCCGGGCCGCGCGCCUGCUCGCCGAGAUGCUGGUGCCGUGCGGGGUGUGGCGGGCCGGCAAGGUGGCCGCCGCCGUGCGCCACGCCGCCAUGGUGGCCACCGGAACGCUGCUCAGAAACGACCUCUGCACCCAGGAGGACCUGCUGGGCGUGCUGAGCGGCAGCUCGCUGCUGGCGGUGGUGCGCUCCUGCCUGGAGGAGGACUACUACGUGGACACGCGCCGCGCAGCCUGCCACGUGGCGGAGCACCUGGUGCGGGUCGCCGGGCCGGCGCUGAGCGGGGAGCAGCGGCGGGCCCUGUACAAGGACGUGCUGAAGCGGCUGGACGACAGCAACGACGAGAUCAGGAUCGAGAUCACAGGCGCCGCGCGGCAGCUGUUUGCGAGCCUGCCGCCGCACGAGGACGGGGCGGAGGUGCGCGAGCUGGUGGACGGCAUGCUGGUGCACAUGGACGACCCGGAUGCGCGCGUGCAGGCCGCCGUGUGCAGCGCGCUCGAAGUGGCGGCGCGAGUGAGGGGAGUGCAGGUAGAAGAGGCGGUGCGCAAAGUGAUGCAAAAACACCGCUCGCAAGUGUACUGCGCCAGAGUACUGGCAGCUGCAGAAGCGACCCAUUGAGGCUCGAGUGCAUGAGGGAACACUCUCGAUCUUCCUGUUACACGGAAAGACUAAUUCUGCGGCAUGCACGCUAAUGACAUGAGGAAUGUAUGAUUACAGUUCUGAUGUAAGGUUUGAUCUGCU